AUGGAAGAUGUCGACCACUUGGCUUUCGAGAGGAACAAGGCGCAGUUCGACGUGGGAGAGAUGAAGAUCGUUUGGGCAGGUUCUCGUGAAGGCUUUGAGCUUUCCGACCGGAUUUCUCGCCUUGUUGCUAGCGAUCCGUUGUUCAGAAAGGAUGACAGAGUCAUGCUUGAUAGAAAGGAAUUAUUUAAAAACACUUUGAGAAAAGCAGCUCAUGCAUGGAAAAGGGUGAUCGAGCUCCGUCUCAAUGAACAGGAAGCUUAUAAGCUCAGAUUCUUUGUGGAUCAACCUGCAUUUACGGAUCUUCAUUGGGGAAUGUUUGUGCCUGCUAUCCAAGGACAGGGCACUGAUGAACAGCAGCAGAAGUGGUUACCUCUAGCUUAUAGGAUGCAAAUAAUUGGUUGCUAUGCCCAAACUGAACUUGGUCAUGGAUCCAAUGUUCAAGGGCUAGAAACAACUGCAACAUUUGAUCCCAAAACAGACGAGUUUGUUAUACAUAGCCCCACAUUGACGUCCAGCAAAUGGUGGCCUGGUGGAUUGGGUAAAAUAUCCACCCAUGCUGUGGUUUAUGCCCGUCUAAUUACUGAUGGCCAAGACCAUGGAGUGCAUGGUUUCAUUGUCCAGCUGCGGAGCUUGGACGAUCACUUACCUCUUCGAGGCAUUACUAUUGGUGAUAUUGGAAUGAAAUUUGGAAAUGCAGCAUAUAACACCAUGGACAAUGGAGUUCUGACAUUUGACCAUGUACGAAUUCCAAGGAAUCAGAUGUUAAUGAGGGUUUCACAGGUUACCAGAGAAGGAAAAUAUGUACAUUCCAAUGUUCCAAGACAACUUAUUUAUGGUACUAUGGUAAAUGUGAGACAAAAAAUUGUAGCUGAUGCUUCAGUUGCAUUGUCUCGGGCAGUCUGCAUUGCUACAAGAUAUAGUGCUGUUCGGAGACAGUUUGGAUCACAUAAUGGAGGACUAGAAACACAGGUGAUUGAUUACAAAACACAGCAGUCUAGGCUCUUCCCUUUGCUGGCUUCUGCAUAUGCUUUCAGAUUUGUUGGUGAGUGGCUGGAAUGGCUUUAUACGGAUGUGACGGAAAGAUUGCAAGCUAACGAUUUUUCAACAUUGCCUGAGGCUCAUGCAUGCACUGCUGGAUUGAAAUCCUUGACUACAACUGCAACUGCUGAUGGAAUUGAAGAAUGUCGUAAACUAUGUGGUGGUCAUGGUUACCUUUGUAGCAGUGGUCUCCCUGAAUUAUUUGCUGUUUAUGUUCCUGCCUGCACCUAUGAAGGUGACAAUACUGUGCUGCUUUUGCAGGUGGCAAGGCAUCUCAUGAAGACUGUUUCUCAGCUGGGCACUGGAAAUAAGCCCGUUGGUACUACAGCUUAUAUGACUCGACUGGAACAACUGAUGCAAUACCACUGUGAUGUUAAAAAGGCUGAGGAUUGGCUGAAGCCUAAUGUUGUGUUGCAAGCAUUUGAAGUUAGGGCUGCUAGGAUGUCUGUUACUUGUGCUCAAAAUCUUAACAAGUUCUCUAAUCCUGAAGAGGGUAAAUUCUUCAAUCGUCUUUUAACUUACAAGCUAUAUGAAAUUGUUCUUGUGGCUGAUUUGUUUUCUUGGUAUGUGAUGGUGGAGAGGAGAGUGGGGAUGAGGAGUGGUUUUCAAGAACUCGCAGCUGAUUUGGUUGAGGCGGCUAUUGCUCAUUGCCAGCUAAUUGUUGUUUCCAAAUUUAUUGAGAAGUUGCAGCAAGAUAUACCUGGAAAGGGAGUGAAACAGAUAUUACAAGUUCUAUGCAGCGUUUAUGCUUUGUUUCUACUUCAUAAGCAUCUGGGUGAUUUCAUAUCCACUGGCUGCAUUGACCCAAAACAAGGAUCACUUGCCGGUGAGCAACUGAGAAACUUGUAUUCACAGGUUCGUCCUAAUGCAAUUGCUCUUGUCGAUGCAUAUAAUUACACCGAUCACUUCCUUGGUUCAAUUCUUGGACGUUACGAUGGAAAUGUGUAUCCCAAGUUGUACGAGGAGGCGUGGAAGGAUCCUUUGAAUGAUUCAGUUGUUCCUGAUGGCUUUAAAGAGUAUAUUCAACCAAUGCUUAAGCAACAACUGCGUAAUGCUAGACUCUAG